CACAGUCGGAGCUGCCCCGGGGGUGGCGAACCGAGUGUUCUGGAGGGAAGGGUACGGGAGGAGGCGCAGGAAGAAGGAACGCGGGGGGCGGCUGCCUUGCCCGCUGCGGCUCAGGAAAAUGGUGUUCGAGUCUGUGGUCGUGGACGUUUUGAACCGGUUCUUGGGGGACUAUGUGGUGAACCUGGACACGUCCCAGCUCACUCUGGGCAUCUGGGGAGGAGCUGUGUCCCUCAAGAAUCUCAAAAUUAAAGAAAAUGCUCUGCAUCAGCUGGAUGUACCAUUUAAAGUUAAAGCUGGUCAUAUAGGUAAUCUUAGUCUUGUAAUUCCGUGGAAAAACCUUUAUACUCAACCAGUUGAAGCUGUAUUGGAGGAAAUAUAUUUACUCAUAGUGCCUUCUUCUAUAAUAAAAUAUGAUCCUUUAAAAGAAGAAAAACAAAUCUUGGAAGCAAAGCAACAGGAACUAAAAAGAAUAGAAGAAGCAAAACAAAAAGUAGCUGAUCAAGAACAACCUAAGGAGGAGAAACAGGACACUUUUGUAGAAAAAUUAGUUACUCAGAUCAUAAAAAACCUUCAAGUGAAAAUUUCCAGCAUCCAUAUUCGCUAUGAAGAUGAUAUCACAAAUCGAGACAACCCACUGUCAUUUGGUAUUUCCCUUCAAAAUCUCAGCUUGCAGACAACUGAUCAAGACUGGGUUCCAUGUUUACAUAAUGAAACUGAGAAACUAUUUCGUAAGUUAGUCCGAUUGGAUAAUCUUUUUGCCUAUUGGAAUGUGAAGUCUGAGAUGUUUUAUCAUUAUGAUUAUGAUGAAUCAUUGAACAGUUUGAAGAAUGGCAUUGUCAAUGAAAAUAUUGUUCCAGAAGAUUAUGAUUUUGUUUUCCGCCCCAUAUCUGCUAAAGCCAAACUUCAGAUGAAUCGUCGAUCAGAUUUUGACUUUUCUGAGCCCAAAAUAAAUCUGGAUGUUGAGUUACAUGACAUAGCCAUUGAAUUUAAUAAACCACAGUAUUUCAGUCUUAUGGAGCUUCUUGAAUCAGUUGAUAUGAUGACACAAAAUCUGCCAUACAGGAAAUUCAAGCCUGAUGUACCUCUUCACUACCAUGCCAGGGAAUGGUGGGCUUAUGCUAUAAAUGGUGUUCUUGAAGUAAAUAUUCGUCCCAGCUUACGGAUGUGGUCAUGGAAGCAUAUUAGAGAUCAUAGGCAAAAAGUGAAGCAGUAUAAAGAACUGUAUAAAAAAAAGUUAACAACUAAGAAGUUGACUGGUGACAUUCUUCUGUCUUUGGAGGAGUUGGAAAAGAUCCUGGAUGUAUUUAAUUUAACUUUAACAAGACAACAGGCAGAAGUUGAGGUAAAGAAAGCUGGAUACAAGAUUUACAAAGAAGGGGCAAGAGAUACAGAGGAUAAUAGAGGAUGGUUAGACUGGCUGUGGAGUUGGUCAGAAGCAAGUAGUGAAGAACAACCAGAUGUUAAACCUGGAACUCUUGAAGAAAUGUUGACACCUGAUGAAAAAGCUAAACUCUAUGAAGCAAUUGGUUAUAGUGAAACAGCAGUUGAUCCAACCUUGCCAAAAACAUUUGAAGCCAUGAAGUUUUUUCUUCAUUUGAAAAGUAUGUCUGUUGUUCUAAGAGAAAAUCACCAAAAACCUGAGCUGUUAGAAAUUUUAAUAGAAGAAUUUACUACUCUGAUUGUGCAAAGACCAGGAGCACAAGCAAUAAAAUUUGAAACCAAAAUAGACUCAUUUCAUGUUACUGGCUUACCAGAUGAUUUAACAAAACCUCGUCUUCUGUCUUCAUUGGAUGAUGCUACCUCUCUCUUCCAAAUUAUAUUUGAGAUAAAUCCAUUAGAUGAAACUGUUGCUCAAAGGUGUAUCAUAGAAGCUGAACCUUUAGAAAUGAUAUAUGAUGCAAGAACAGUGAAUAGUAUAGUGGAAUUCUUCAGGCCUCCGAAAGAUGUACACCUGACACAGCUGACUUCAGCAACUUUGACAAAACUUGAAGAAUUUCGUGAUAAGACAGCAACAGGUCUACUGUAUAUUAUUGAAACACAGAAAGUUCUUGAUCUCAAAAUUAAUUUGAAGGCAUCAUAUAUUAUUAUUCCACAAGAUGGAAUUUUUAGUCCUGCAUCAAAUCUACUACUUUUGGAUCUUGGUCAUCUAAAGGUGACAAGUAAAAGUCGUUCAGAAUUACCGGAUGUAAAACCAGGUGAGGCCAAUCUUGAAGAGAUAAUGCAUAGAGCUUAUGAUUCAUUUGAUAUUCAACUUACGAGCAUACAGCUGCUUUACAGCAGAGUUGGUGAAAAUUGGAAAGAAGCACGAAAACUCAAUGUAUCUACACAGCAUAUUUUGAUACCUAUGCAGUUCAAUGUGGAACUCUCUAAGGCCAUGGUUGUCACAGAUUUAAGGAUGCCCAAAUUCAAGAUUUUUGGAAAGUUACCUCUGGUUUCUUUACGAGUCUCGGAUAAAAAACUGCAAGGAAUUAUGGAAUUAGUUGAAAGCAUUCCAAAACCUGAACCUGCACCUCAUGUACCUGACCCUGGUAAAUCAGAUGAGAUUCAAGGGUCCAAUUCUUUUGGAACAUCACAGAUUUCACAGAAAAUGUUUCCCGUUUUGGAACUUCCUCCACCCAUUAUUGAAGAUGACUCAGAGGAGGAAUUUUUUGAUGCACCAUGUAGUCCCUUGGAAGAGCCUCUUCAGCCCCCGACUACAGUUAAAUGUUUUAGACACAGACAGUUUCAAAAGCAGGACUGUUCAAAAAAUAUGACCGAGUGUAAAAUAAGAUUUGAGGUAUCAGAGGUUUUGAUUCAGUUUUAUCACUUUGUUGGAGAUUGUGAACUACCUGUGGUAGAAUUUGAUGUUUUAGGAUUGGGGACACAAAUUGAGUUUAGAACAUUUGAUUUGAAAGCAAAUGCUUUUUUGAAAGAGUUCUGCUUAAAAUGCCCAGAGUACUUGGAUGAAGACAAGAAACCAGUUUAUGUGAUUACAACACUGGAUAACACCAUGGAAGAUCUGUUAACACUGGAAUAUGUGAAGGCAGAAAAGAAUGUGUCAGACUUGAAGAGUACCUAUAACAAUGUUGAGCAACUGGUCAAGGUGAAUUUUUCUUCUUUGGAUAUUCAUUUACAUACUGAAGCACUUCUGAAUACCAUGAAUUAUUUUAAUAAUAUCCUUCCACAAUCAGAGGAGAAAUCAGCCCCGGCGCAUAUUGUGGAGAAUGAAGACAAAGGGGAUGUCAUCAAAAAAAUAUCUUCUAAAUUAUCCAAGGAUGAAGAUAUUAUUACCUUGCAGAUUUUUGCAGAAUUGUCAUGUUUACGGAUUUUUAUUCAAGACCAGAAACAUAAAAUUUCUGAAAUUAAAAUUGAAGGACUUGAUUCUGAAAUAAUUAUGAGACCUAAAGUAACUGAAAUAAAUGCAAAACUAAGAAAUAUAAUUGUUUUGGAUUCUGAUGUAAUGGCUGUAUACAAAAAGGCUGUUUAUAUCACUGGAAAAGAAGUCUUUAGCUUCAAAAUGGUUUCUUACAUGGAUGCAACUGCUGGUUCUGCAUAUACAGACAUGAAUGUGGCUGACGUUCAGGUUAAUUUAACUGUUGGUUGCAUUGAAGUAGUUUUUGUCACAAAAUUUCUGUAUUCUAUAUUGGCUUUUAUAGACAACUUUCAAGCAGCCAAACAAGCCUUGACUGAGGCAACUGUUCAGGCAGCAGGAAUGGCUGCUACUGGUGUAAAAGAGCUGGCACGAAGGAGUUCUAGAAUGGCACUGGAUGUUAACAUCAAAGCCCCGGUUGUGGUCAUCCCACAGUCUCCAGUUUCUGAAAAUGUUUUUGUUGCUGAUUUUGGACUAAUUACAAUGACAAAUACAUUCCAUAUGAUAGCAGAGAGUCAGAGCAAUCCCCCGCCUGUUAUUGAUUUGAUAACAGUAAAACUGAGUGAAAUGCGACUAUACAGGUCUCAAUAUAUUAAUGAUGCAUACCAGGAAGUACUGGAUAUACUACUGCCAUUAAAUCUUGAGGUGGUUGUUGAGCGAAAUUUAUCCUGGGAGUGGUACCAGGAGGUUCCUGGUUUUAAUGUAAAUGCUCAGCUAAAGCCCAUGGAGUUCAUUCUCAGUCAAGAAGAUAUAACAACUAUUUUUAAAACAUUGUAUGGCAAUAUAUGGUAUGAAAAAGGUGACAGUGCCUCCCCUGCUGUAAUAAAAGACCAGUCUAGUGUUACUAGUGGAGUUACUAAUGCUUCACACCAUUCAGGAGGAACAACUGUGGUGACAGCUGCUGUGGUAGAAGUACAUUCAUAUGCCUCUCAAGUUAAGACAACAAUAAAUAUGAGUUUCAAGACAGACUAUCUCACCAUGGUACUGUAUAGUCCAGGUCCUGAACAGACUUCCUUUACAGAUGUUCGUGAUCCUUCUCUGCAACUUGCUGAGUUUAGAUUGGAGAAUAUUAUAAGUACUUUAAAAAUGUAUACGGAUGACUCAACGUUUUCUUCUUUCUCAUUAAAAAACUGUAUUUUAGAUGAUAAGAGGCCUCAUGUCAAGAAGGCAACUCCUAGAAUGAUAGGACUGACAGUUGGGUUUGACAGAAAGGACAUGAUGGAUGUACGGUACAAGCGAGUCAGAGAUGGUUGGGUGUCUGAUUUAGUCUUUCAGGAAAUGUAUAUUUGUGCAAGUGUGGAAUUUCUGACGACAGUUGCAAAUGUCUUUCUUGAGGCCUACAGCACAGGCACUGCUGUAGAAACCAGUGUUCAAGCAUGGUCUUCUAAGGAAGAAGUGCCUGUAGGGCAAUCAGAGAAAUGGGAAAUUAAUACUAUGAUUAAAAAUCCUGAAUUUGUGUUUGUGGCUGACAUGACAAGAAAUGAUGCCCCGGCCUUAGUCAUUACCACACAGUGUGAAAUUUGUUGGAAAGGCGAACUUGAAAACAAUACAAUGACUGCUGCCAUUAAAGAUUUCCAAGUGAAAGCAUGCCCAUUUCUUCCAGUCAAGAGAAAAGACAAUGUAACUACUGUUUUGCAGCCCUGUGACUUAUUUUAUCAGGCUACUCAGAUGGGUACAGGCCCGCAAGUGAUUGAUAUGUCAGUAAAAUCCCUGACACUAAAGGUUUCACCAGUUAUCAUAAACACCGUGAUUACCAUAACUUCAGCACUUUUUACAGCUAAGGAAACCAUUCCCAAAGAAACUACUUCUUCUGCAGCACAAUUAUGGGAAAAGAAGGAUACAAAGGAUUUAAAAAUGUGGUUCCUUGAAGAACCAGAUGAAGCUGAAAACACAGCCCCCACAACUGAAUUGGUACCCAAAGGAGAGAUGAUAAAAAUGAACAUUGAUUCUAUUUUCAUAGUUCUGGAGGCUGGAAUUGGUCAUAGAACAGUGCCUAUGCUUUUGGCAAAGUCACGUUUUUCAGGGGAAGGCAAAAACUGGAGUUCCCUAAUAAAUCUUCAUUGUCAACUUAAGCUAGAAGUGCAUUAUUACAAUGAAAUGUUUGGUGUAUGGGAGCCUUUGCUGGAACCCUUAGAAAUUGAACAGACAGAGGAUUUUAGACCAUGGAAUCUUGCAUUCAAGAUGAAAAAGAAAACAAAGAAAGCCAUUGUUGAAUCAGAUACUGAAGAAGAAAACUACAGAGUGCCAGAAUAUAAAACUAUCUUCACUUUCUAUUCAAAAGAUCAACUAAACAUUACAUUAUCCAAGUGUGGCCUUGUAAUGUUAAACAAUUUAGGCAAGGCAUUUACAGAAGCUGCUACUGGAUCUUCAGAUGUCUUCUUAAAGGAUUUAGCACCAUUUAUGAUUAUAAAUUCUCUUGGACUUACUAUCUCUGUUUCACCAAGUGAUUCCUUUAGUGUACUCAACGUUCCUAUGGCAAAAUCAUAUACAUUGAAAAAUAAGGAGAGUUUAAGUAUGGAUUAUGUUCGAACUAAGGACAAUGACCAUUUCAGUGCAAUGACCAGCCUAAGCAGCAAGCUUUUCUUCAUUCUUCUUACACCUGUUAACCACUCUACUGCUGAUAAGAUUCCUUUAACAAAAGUGGGACGACGUCUGUACACUGUUAGACACAGAGAGUCUGGAGUUGAAAGAUCUAUUGUUUGUCAGAUUGAUGCAGUGGAAGGAAGUAAGAAGGUAACAAUUCGCUCCCCAGUGCAGAUUAGAAAUCAUUUUUCAGUCCCACUGUCUGUUUACGAAGGCGGCACUUUAUUGGGAACUGCUUCACCUGAAAAUGAAUUCAACGUACCUUUAGCAUCUUACCGAGCACUCCUUUUUCUGAAGCCAGAAGAUGAGGGCUAUGAAGUAUGUGAAGGAAUUGACUUUGAAGAAAUUAUAAAAAAUGAUGGAGCUCUUGUAAAGAAGAAAUGUAGACCUACAAACCCUUCCAAGAAACCAUUUAUUGUUAAUAUUGUCCCAGAAAAAGAUAAUUUGACAUCUCUUUCAGUGUAUUCAGAAGAUGGUUGGGACUUACCAUACGUAAUCCAUUUAUGGCCAGCUAUUCUACUCCGAAAUCUUCUUCCUUACAAAAUUGCUUAUUAUAUAGAGGGGAUUGAACAUAGGGUUUUUACCCUAAAUGAAGGAUGUUCAGCCCAGAUUUGUACGGCAGAGUUGGAUAAAGCUAAGCUACAUUUAAAAUUACUUGACUAUCUUAAUCAUGAUUGGAAAAGUGAAUAUCACAUAAAACCUAAUCAACAAGACAUUGGUUUCAUCAACUUUACCUGUGUUACAGAAAUAGAAAAGACUGAUUUAGAUAUUGCUGUCCAUGUGACUGACAAUACUGGCCAGGUGGUUGUGGCAUUUCAUAGUCCUUACUGGAUGGUCAAUAAAACUGGCCGAAUGUUACAGUACAAAGCAGAUGGAAUUCAUCGAAAGCAUCCACCUAAUUAUACAAAGCCAGUUCUCUUUUCUUUUCAGCCAAAGCACUUUUUUAAUAACAAUAAGGUUCAGCUUAUGGUAACGGAUAGUGAAUUGUCAGAUCAGUUUUCAAUUGAUACCGUUGGUAGUCAUGGAGCUGUUAAAUGUAAGGGCCUGAAUAUGGAAUAUCAAGUUGGUGUCACUAUAGACCUCAGCAGUUUUAAUAUUACCAGGAUUGUGACAUUUACCCCUUUUUAUAUGAUUAAAAACAAAAGCAAAUAUUGUAUAUCAGUGGCUGAGGAGGGAAAUGAAAAAUGGCUCUCUCUUGAUUUGGAGCAGUGUAUCCCCUUUUGGCCUGAGGAUGCUUCUAAUAAACUUCUUAUUCAAGUUGAAAGAAGUCAAGGUCCUCCCAAAAAGAUAUAUUUUAACAAGCAAGAAAACUGUAUUUUAUUGCGUCUUGAUAAUGAGCUUGGAGGCAUUAUAGCAGAAGUUAAUUUGGCUGAGCAUUCUACAGUUAUUACAUUUUCAGAUUAUCAUGAUGGAGCAGCUACAUUCCUGUUAAUAAAUCACACCAAGGAUGACCUGGUUGAAUACAAGCAAAGUUCUCUCAGUAAAAUGGAAGACUUCCUCCCUCCUGGAAAAGCAGUAUUUUAUACAUGGGCUGAUCCAGCUGGCUCUAGAAAACUGAAGUGGAAAUGUGGAAAAAGCCAUGGUGAAGUAACACAAAAGGAUGAUAUGAUGACACCUAUAAAUAUGGGGAAAAAGACCAUUUAUUUAGUUUCAUUCUUUGAAGGCUUACAACGCAUUAUUUUAUUCACUGAAGAUCCAAGGGUAUUUAAAGUAACGUAUGAAAGUGAGAAAGCAGAGUUAGCAGAGCAAGAGAUUGUGUUGGCGUUACAAAAUGUUGGAAUUUCUCUCGUCAACAAUUACACAAAACAAGAAGUAGCCUAUAUCGGCAUUACAAGUUCUGAUGCGGUUUGGGAGACAAAGCCCAAGAAGAAGGCAAGAUGGAAGCCUAUGAGUGUAAAGCAAACUGAGAAGUUAGAGAAAGAAUUUAAGGAAUAUACUGAAUCUUCACCUUCAGAAGAUAAGAUUAUUGAGUUGGACACUAACGUUACGGUUCACUUAACACCUAGUGGUAGUAACAUGAAAAUUCUGCAACCACAUGUAAUAGCUAUACGGAGAAGUUGUCUUCCAGCAUUAAAGGUGGAAUAUAGCACAUCUGCACAUCAGUCGUCAUUUAGAGUUCAAAUUUACAGAAUACAGAUCCAAAACCAGAUACAUGGUGCUGUAUUUCCAUUUGUGUUUUAUCCUAUUAGACCUCCCAAGUCGGUCACCAUGGAUUCAGCACCAAAGCCCUUUACAGAUGUCAGUAUUGUUAUGAGAUCUGCAGGGCAUUCCCAAAUAUCACGUAUUAAGUAUUUCAAAGUGUUGAUCCAAGAAAUGGAUCUCAGAUUAGACCUAGGGUUUGUGUAUGCUUUAGCAGAACUUAUGGCAGAAGCUGAGGUGACUGAAAAAACAGAGGUUGACCUUUUUCAUAAAGAUAUAGAAGCUUUCCAAGAAGAAUAUAAAACAGUUUCAUUAGUGGAUACAUCACAAGUCAGUCUGUAUGAAUACUUUCAUAUAUCUCCUAUCAAGUUACAUUUAAGUGUUUCCCUGAGCUCCGGUAGAGAAGAAGCUAAAGACUCAAACCAAGGUGGAGGGCUGAUUCCAGUUCAUUCCUUAAAUCUGUUGCUGAAGAGUAUUGGCGCCACUCUAACAGAUGUCCAAGAUGUAGUUUUUAAGCUUGCAUUUUUUGAACUCAACUAUCAGUUCCAUACAACACCUGAACUGCAGUCUGAAGUAUUAAGACAUUAUUCGAAACAGGCCAUUAAGCAAAUGUAUGUACUCAUUCUUGGACUUGACGUUUUGGGAAAUCCCUUUGGCUUAAUUAGAGAAUUUUCCGAAGGUGUAGAAGCAUUUUUUUACGAACCUUAUCAGGGAGCCAUCCAGGGCCCUGAAGAGUUUGUGGAGGGAAUGGCACUAGGACUUAAGGCACUAGUUGGUGGAGCUGUUGGUGGAUUAGCUGGUGCUGCCUCCAAAAUCACCAGUGCUAUGGCAAAAGGAGUAGCAGCUAUGACUAUGGAUGAAGACUACCAGCAGAAGAGAAGAGAAGCCAUGAACAAGCAGCCAGCUGGUCUUAGAGAAGGCAUCACUCGUGGAGGAAAAGGCUUAGUUUCUGGCUUUGUAAGUGGCAUAACAGGAAUUGUGACAAAACCAAUCAAAGGAGCUCAGAAAGAAGGAGCAGCUGGUUUCUUUAAAGGUGUUGGGAAAGGGUUAGUUGGAGCGGUGGCAAGGCCAACUGGAGGUAUCAUAGACAUGGCUAGCAGUACAUUUCAGGGAAUAAAAAGAGCUACAGAGACUUCUGGUGAAGUGGAGAGUCUGCGACCGCCUCGGUUCUUUAAUGAAGAUGGAGUCAUCAGACCUUACAGGUUGAGGGAUGGUACUGGAAAUCAGAUGUUACAGGCAUCAAAAAGUUUGAUAUGAAAACAGUUAAUGCAUGACUUUGCAAGUGAAAGCCAACAGUAGAUUUUAGUCUUAAAAUUUACAAACUACGUACAGCCGUUUAAGUAUUUUCAAUACAAAGAAAAGCUUUUAUAUUGGUAAUUUUUUAUUUAGGUUAGUGAAUCUGAUGUUUUUAUAGGGUAUUCUUAGUUCUGUGCUGGACUUGCUAGAUUUGUUAAAAGUCAUUGUGUUUUAUGUACCCUCACUGUUGGUGGUACUUAUGUUUGGAGUACUUCUUUCUGUGCAUCCAUCCACUAGUAGCUUCUGUAACAGAUAUAAUCCUCAUGUCAAAUUAGGCUUGCACGAGGAACCAGAAAAAGUCAGGACCACUAGUAUUGCCAAUUAUUCUUGGGUUCUUAGACUUUGAAGAGAUUUCUUUUAAAGGUGCUCCAAUGGCCAUGACCCUUUUCCUGCUUUAUUCUUGUGUUGUCUAUAUAUAAAAACUUUGUGGAAUAUGAUAAGUAGUUCACAUUCAAACCAACUUCUUUUACUAAGAAAAGUUAGCUUUUAGAAUGACAGUUCAAAGGUAUAGAAUAUUUUACUAUUUAGACAACUUUCUUACUUGGCAAAUGGAAUUUUUAAAAUCAUUUGUUUGAAAACAAAGAGUCGUUACGUUAUAUAAACUUGAAAAUCUUCAUGGUAAUAUGAAACUGUGAAGAUGUGGUCCUUCCUUUAUAGCCUUGAUAUUUUGAAGUAUUUUCAUGUUUAAAGUGAUCAGGGUAAAGAUUAAAACUUUAAUAUUUCACCUACUACAUGUAUAUUUUACAUAAAAGAAUUUUACUUCUAAAUCUUUCUAAAUCUAAAUCUUCAUUAUAGUAAAAUGUAACCAUAGAGUUAAUGUGCAAUAUUUAGUAAAGGGAUUUUGUACUGUGUUUAAAGCAUCAGAAUAAUUGUAUAUUGUGAUAAACAAGCAAUCUAGUGAGAGGUUGUGCUCUAAAGAACAUGAGUGCAACCUCUACAAUGACAUUAUAGCAUUCUUUGGAAAAUAGAUAAGUUGCAGGAUUCACCUAUGGCUAAUAUUACAGAGCAUAUUUUCCUACCUAAUAUCUGCUGUGCCUCCUUAGAGCACAAUUAACAUGCUCUGAACAUUUCAGUAGACUGAAAGUUGAAUAGUUUUCAACUCAACUUUUAAAAAACUAAAAAUAAUUCUUGAGAAGCUAUUUUAAUAAACUUAGUAGGAAGUAUGGAUGAGGAGAGUUUAGAAAUGUGUUCUGAUUUUUAGGGAAAAAGAUUGAUUAUUAGGGAACAGAUUAUAACAUAUAAGGAACCUUUGAAAAUACCAAAGAUUUCUCAUAGGUUGAUAACUUGAUUGUUCCACACCUUCAUUAAUUGUUUUCUGAAGCUUUAAACUUUGAGGGUCAAUGAUUAUAACUCUUGACUAUAUAUUUUUAUAUAUGUAUAUUAUUUUUAUUAGACCAGUCUUGACAUUAAUUCCUAAAAGAGAUAUUUCAUUGACUAAAAACUCUCAAUUCGUGGCAACCAUUACUUGUGUUUCAACAAAAACAUCGUUAAACAUCACACUAGCUGGAAAGCCUGUAGGAAUUCACCAGACGCUUGUGGUUAGCAUUACUCUCUUACAUGUGUAAGAAGUGGUUUGUUGUUUUGGUGGUAAUGGUGCUUUUUUGAAUCAAAACCCUAUUAUAAUAUUAGGAAAAACUUUAAAAUUUAUGAAUAUCAGUGCUAUGGAAAAGAAGUUGAUGACAUGGAUUUAAAAUCUCAUCAGCCUAUAUUUAACCUAAAGGAUUUGAUGAUGGUACCCCUAGAAAAUGUUUAAUACUUCACAUGUUUCUCCUUUUCUAAAAAAGUGCUCUAUUUUCACUAAAUUACAUAUGCCAAUAUAUAAUAAUUAAAUAUAAAAUGUACUUUUUCAUUGUGACCCCUUCUCUUUAGAAAGUAGUACAUUAUUAUAGUGCCUUGCUAGUAGUCAAAGUUACCUGCUACAGAUAUAGAAUGGUAAUUUUAAUGUAUACAUAGAAUACCUUAUGGGUAUCAUCAAACUAUUGAUUUCAUACAUUGAAUUGAACCAGACAUUGGAUUUCAGUCUUAGAUUUGUUAAGUUAUGGAAUAUUACAUCUAUAAUUACAGCCCCAGUCACAGCUGAAAAAUUUGCUUCAAAAUUAUUCUGACUCCUUGAACAUUUCAUAAUUUUACAUGUUUUCCAGGCAGUUUGCCAUGCUUAACUAAUCUUUGUGCUUCUUUUUUCCUUUACCAUGCUUACAGAAAAUUCAGGUCUACAGGGAGUGGAUUAUGACUCACAGUAGCAAUAGUGAUGAUGAUGAUGAUGAUGAUUAGUCAGAUUCUGAACUGUUAAAAUUCAUAUGUUCUUUGUCAUUUUAUUUGGAAUGUUUCAUGAACAUGUUUUAUAUGUCUGUUACCGUAAUGGCGUAUGUCCAUUUUUAGGGAGGUAAACACUCUUUCCUCUUAAAAUGUUUUUUUGCACAUCUUCAAAAAGCAAAAUAAUUCCAUUAAGCACAGAAAAGAAUGUAUUUUACAUCAAAGUAGGGCAUACUAUAUAUUAUAGCAUUUACUUGUGUAUGUCUUGUAGCUUUGUAAUACACAGUUUGUUUUUCAGAUUUAAAAUUAGAAAAAUACAUUUUUUUAAUGUUCACUAGUUUUAUAUUAUUUUUCAUUAUUUUGUUAGCAGAAUGCCUUCUAUUUAAAUGUUCUUUAUGUAAAUUUGCUGGGCUGUAAUAUAAUGACAUUGUGUAAACAAAAAAGAAAAUGAAUAGUAAUAGCCAGUCAAUAUUUUAUAUUCAUAAAAUAAAAUACUUUUUAGAGUAUUUUUGUCAAGUUUCUCUUAAUAAUAAUAAAAUUAUAUAAUUUGAAACGAUGUGAAUUUGUUGUUCUAUUCCAAAAUCAUAUAGGUUGUUGAACUACUAUUAUAAAAAAAAAUUCAUGAUCUGUUAUGGAAGGUUAGACUGUGAAAUAAAUUUACAGUCUGAGAAUGAAAAAAAAAUUUAUUUCUUGGGUACACUUUUUAUUGUUUCACUAUAUGUAUAUUUGUGUGUGAAACAAUGAACAAAGUUGUUUUGUAGUCAUUAUAUUUACUUACUAAUUUACAUACCUCUAUACUAUAUCCUUGUUAUAAAAUGUUAUGAAUUAAUUCAGAACAUUAGGAAAAUAUUUAUAGGAAACAUAAUUGUGUAUAUUAUUUCUGGCUAAUAUGGGGAAAACAUCUAAAUCUCUGAAAGACCUGUGAGCAAAUUUAUUAAUGUUUUGUGGAUGUACUGAAGCUUUUUAACAUUUUCAACUUAGAUGAAACUAUCUUGUUCUAUUUCCCUAGUAUAUUAGAUGUUCUAAAAAGCCUGUCUGAAAAAAUGAAUGACUGUUAGUAGUUAUGAUGUUUAUUCCUUAUGACUGCUAUGCUUUUGGAUCAACAGAAGAAUAUUUUCCUUAACUUAUAUUAAGCACUUUGCUUAAUUGAGCUUAUAUUAAACUGUAGGGAACCCUGGUGGUGCAGUAGUUAAACGCUAGGCUGCUAACCGAAAGAUUGGUGCUUAGAACCCACACCGUGGCUCCAUGGAAGAAAGACCUAGAGAUCCGCUUCCAUAAAGAUUACCAUAUUUUACAGAAAUAACACACACCUUCUGUGUUUGUUUGCUGACACCCUACUCCCAUGAGGUGUUUUUGUAAGUGUACUAUGCUAGUUUUUUUUGUUUUUUGUUUUUUUUAAGAACAGCAAUAUGUGGAAGCGGAUUGGCAUGGUGGUGCUUGAUAGGGUGCCUCACUGGGGGAGGGCAUGGCCAGCAAACAAAUGCAGAAGUCAUGCGUAAUUUGCGUAAAAAUACAGUAUAGCCUAGAAAUCCUAUGGGCAGCUCUGCUCUGUGUCACAUGGGGUCUCUAUGAGUCAAAAUCAACUCCAUGGCACCUAACAACAAGUAGAUAAUUGGCUUAAUUGUUGAGCUUUUGGUUUAAUUCAUUCAGCCCAUCUCAAUCUUUUCUAGUUCUUCUAUUUAUCAGGUUUUUAUUUCUAUGAAUCAUAAUUCUUUAUGUUCUUUGAAAAUCACUGUUAGACAUUAAAAUAUUGAGCUUAUAACGUACAGCUAAAAAAGAAAGUUUUUAAAAAAUUUCUACCUGCCUAGUACUCAUUCAAAUUAAAUAGAAAUCAAGUACUUGUGUAUGAAGACAAAGAAAUAUAUUAAUAUUCAAGAAUUAUUGUUUUCAUCACAAUAUAUUCUGACCUUUUUGGAAUAAAUAAAUAAAACAAUAUUAUUAAAAUAGUCACUACUGAUAUCAGAGACUGAAUUUUUAUUUGUUAUGUACCCACUACUCUCAAAAUAUGUCCUUAUGCCUCAUCAAAUUUAUAGAAAAUGAUACUGUGUUCAACUUUGGGGUUUAAAUGAGAGAAACAGUUCUUUUUGUUUGUUAUUAGUAACUUUCUACUUAAUUAGACUUUUUAAUGGAAGUAUCAAUCUACUAAAGUCUAGUGAGGAAGCUAUGCUGAGAAUUACGUAAUAGCAUACUUUUCCAAACCUUUUAACUUUAUUUAUAUUCCAAAAAUCUGUAACGUCUUGAUUAUGUGUAGAGAAAUAGAAGAUAGGUUCUCUCUUCCUUUGUUGUUGUUGUGUGCCGUUGAGUCAGUUCUGACUCAUAACGACCCUAUAGGACAAAGUAGAACUACCCCAUAGGUUGCCUAGGCUGUAAUCUUCAAGGAAGCAGAUCACCAGGUCUUUUCUCCUGAGGAGGAGCUGGUGGGUUUGAACUGCUGACCUUUCAGUUAUUAGCAGAGUACUUAACCAUUGCACACUAGGGCUCCUGUCUCUUCUCUUAGGGAUUCUUUAUUUUACUUCGUAUUUCCUUUACACUUGAAUAACACGUUGAAAACUGCCAGGAAGGAAAAUUUGUAAAAAUCCUGAAACAUAAACUUCUAGCAUCAUAAAUAAUCUGCAUUUAUAAGAGCCUAUACAUGAACUAAAUUAUAGGCUCAAAUUGGAUAUAAAUAUAACAAAUAUAAAGCCAGAAUAAUAUUGCUAACUUACAAUAUUCCUAAUAGAAAAGGAAGUCAGAAUAAAUUUUAAUUUACUUCUGUAUUUAAAAGUCAGUUUUUUAUAAAUUUUACUUUUUGAAAUCACUCAAAACACCUAUCAUUGAUGUAGUAUACAGUGUUUAAGGUCACGUUAUUAAAAUUUACAGGUGGAGCCAUUUUAAUAUAAGACUUCAAUGUCCAGCAUGAAAAAUGUGCUACUGUAUCUACAUCCCAAGAUCACAUACACUAAAGAAUAAUGACUGCUAUGGUAGCUGUGAUAGUAGUUUGCCUGAUUUAAGUCCUGUGAUGAAAGUUUGCAUUAAAUUUACUUAUGGUGAUGGGAGGAGGACAGCCAUCCUAAAUGUUAUUGAGUACUUUAUCUACCAUACCUUCAACCCUCACUUUGUUUUAUAGAAUUUCUUGCGAAGUAAUUUAUAGUAGCUCAAAAACAUUAAAGGUUCUGUUAGGUCUAAAUAAGAUGCUGUUAAGUAUGCCUACAGACGAUUGACUUAGAUCAAGUUAUAAUUACAAUGAGUAUGUAGAAGGAAUAAUGAAUUCGUUUAUCUUUCUAUGCUUGUACCUUUUGGAUAAACGGAGAUCAAUUAAAACUUUUUGGACUGUUAAUUUAGUCUUUCAGUGAAUGAAUGAACUAAUGAAGUGCAGUGAGUACAGUCAGUAUUAUAUAGUAUAUUAUAAAGUCUUGAGUCAAAGGAAAUAAACUAUAUGGUUUCAAAUAGGUCUGUUAGAGGCCUAGUUAGGUAAUUUAUGAUUUUCUUAUAUAGGGAUUUAUGGUUUGUUUUCUUUCAUUGUGAUAGAUAAUUUUCAUGCCCAUAAUUGUCUCUCAGUCAGUGUAAUGAAUUAGCAAUUCUUCCACAGAAACCAAUGUAUGUAGCAAGAGUAUACCUCCAAAUACCAGCUUUCAAACAAAUGUUUACUAGUUUUAUAAAAUUGGUAUUUAAUGUGUCCCCCUUGGCCGCAUAUACAUAUUCCUCUGAAUCUAACUUACAGACUCUCAAAAUAUGUGAGUGUUCAAAAUAUUAUCGGCCUUAUUUGUGUGUUUUUUAAAUAAUCAGGGUAGACAGAUGUAGCUAAGUAUAUAUAAUUUUUCUUAACUGGACAUGUUAUAUUUUUAUUAUAAAUUAUCAUUUAUCAAUACCCUGUUAACUACAGAAGUUUUCUAAGUGUAUGAGAUAAAAAAUUAGAGUUUCUAUGAAUUAAAAAAUUUAGAGAUUCAUACUUCCAUGGAAAAAGCUAAAUCCCUCUUGUGAAUCAGCAUACUGACAUUGAUUCUCGAUCUACAAUUUUGGUAUUUUACAGAAGAUAUGAUAGUUUUCAAAAAUUAAAGUAGAUUAUUUUCUGCGUUGUUAAAGUAAUAUGUGCACAUUAAAGAAACAGGAAACUACAGAAAAAAAGUAUCCUUUGUCUCCUGCCUUUUUGAUGUAUUUCCUUUUUUAAUUUUUUGUUUGCAUGGCUAUGAUCCUAAUGUAUGCAUUCCCAUCUUUUAUAUUAUUAUACAUUUUCAUAAACAAGAAUGUUAACUGCUAAAUAUUAAAAAUGCAUCCCAUUCAUAGAACAGUCCCCAGUAUGAGAAACCUAGUCCUUAUUUUUGGAACAUAAAAAUAGCCAGCAUACCCUUUUCUUUAUUUUUAUAGCUAAUGUAGAAGCCUUUUCUUUCUCAUUGAACAUGGUUCUACCACUUUUGACUCUACCUUUUAAAAAUUUCUUCCCUUUAAAUAAAUCUUCUCUUGAAGUAUGUGUGUAUAUAUAUGUGUGUGAGUGUGAAUGUGUGAAUAUAUAUAAUCCCUGUAUCCUUCAUUGUGUAUGAAUGUUGACAACCUGAUUGUCCCAUGGGGGUAGUACAUUCUUAACCGCUUCAGAUAUUUUUGAAAUUUAUAUAUGUUGUCUUGAAUCCCUUAUAAAAGUCUAUAAAGAUAUUUUAAUUGCCAUUAUAUAAGUUGUUCUAGAAGGGAGGCUGUUUUUGUUUGUUGUAUAUUUCUUUUCUUUCAGAAAUUGCAGAUGUUUAUAAUUAGCUCCAAACACUGCCCUAAUAGCAAUUGGAAGACGCUGCCUUCAGCCGACGUGGUCUUUCCCUUUCUUCAGGAGGAGAGUUACAACUGAUCUGGAAGAAAGGGCUUACCAUAGGCAGUCAGAUCACCAGAGUAGUGCUGAGCAAUCUUCCUGGCUUCAUCUAAAAUUUUGAGUAAGUGGACAAGAACUAGGAGACAGGGAUUAUUGGAUUUUACUCUUCAUUUUGCAACUCUUCCUCUCCAGAAAAAUACUUCUGCAUAGGAUGAGAAAGCUGAAGAGAGCCAAAUUCUGUUAUCCGGAUGAAUAGGAGUUCUUAGCAUCUCAGAUAAAGUAGAUCCCAUGGAAAAGGAGAUUGACUGCCUAUCCAGUUGGAUACAGUGCUCACACCUCGUUGAUUAGAUUUAACAGAAAUCUCUUAGAAAGUCUUUGUCACAUCAUUUUUGAAGGCCCAAACUUUUGAACAUCUACUAGUAAGUUCCACUUACCCUAUUUUGGAACAAAUAAUUACAAUGCAUCCCACUUGGAACCUUUCAGUAUUACAUAAAAGUAACCCAAACCAAACCCAAACCCACUGCCUUCGAGUCAACUCUAACUCAUAGCAACCCUAUAGGACAGAGUAGAACUGCCCCAUAGGGUUUCCAAGGAGCAGCUGGUGGAUUCAAACUGCCAGCCUUUUUGGUUAGCUCUUACCCACUGCACCACCAGGACUCCUACAUAAAAAUACUUUUGAAUAAGACGGUUGACAUUAAUUAUGUUUUCCUCUGGAGGUGUGGUUCCAUUUAGGGGAGGUUUAGAUUUUGUCUCAGGUCUAAAAUGUGGUUAUUAAUUCAUUCUCCUUUUUAAUCCAGUAACUUGAGUGAGACAAGUUUGAUUUUUUAAUCUCUUUAAAAAAAUUAGUCAUCAUUGUAUCCCUUAAAUUUAUAAAUAUAUUAUGGAAAGAUGAAUACUAUUAU